GAAAAGUGAACACAAUUUUGGCUGUGACUGCAGAGCUUCUGUACGAGCUUCAGUGUCUCGCAGAGGAAUUUACCAAGGAGUACGUAACGACCCUGGCCUUCCUGGGAAUCAGGAGCUGAUGCUUUGCUUUUCUUUGUGCAGUGCUCUGAUGUAGCUGAACACUGAACUGCUGCCACUGAACACUCUGAAAGGACUUUGGACUAAGUACAUCACCACCCCAUUUAAAUGGGAGUGCGUUGAGUGGCUUCUGGUGUUCCUGUGCGUCGGAGGCGCUGAGUUGGCGGGCGCAGCACUGCAGCCAGCGCCCGUCCAUCGCAGUGCUUGAAAUCUGCAUCGUGGCUCUUAAUGGCAGAAAGCUCCGUCGCUGACCCAGGGAAGCCCAGAGCCUCCAUGUCUGUGGCCGCCGUUCUUGGCCCCCAAAACAGAAAAUAAGGCUCGUCCCUCCUUGUCAGGGAUGCUUACCCUGCGAUGGAGCAAGAUCAGCCUGCGCCAGCUGAUGGGCAUUAAGGUGGGAAAGGCAGGCGGGAUCCUCGGCGUCUGCCGUCCCUAUGGAUAAAUACCUUCAUCCCAAGGACUGGCCGGGAGCGGGGCAGGGACCGGCCGCUCCAGGGGCCAGGUGGUCGCCGAGCAACAGGGGACGCUGCAUUGUCCCUUGUCACCCGUCCCGCCCUGCAUUGUCCCCUGUCAGUCUUGUCAGCUGUCCUGCCACCGGUGUGAUCACUCUGUUGUGAGUAGGUGACCGAGGAGGACGAAGAGGAAGGUUUUGACCGUCCGUUUUUCCUCCGGUUCCAUUUUGCCGCAGGCACAAGGGCUCCUGUCCACUUCAGGUCCCUCUGUGCCUUCGGUCAGGGCAGAAACGAUGGCCCAGCAGAACCUGUAUCAGCUGCUGGACCUUGCCAUUGGUACGCCCAACAACGGGGCCGUCAACUUCACGGCGCUGCGCAUCCUGCUGCUCGCCAUGCUCGGGCACCUGCGCCUGCGGGACCUGGCUGCCCAGAAGCAGGGGGACAGCGUGACCCCCCUCCUGGAGGAGGACCAGCCCAGCGAGGCACCCCCUGCACUGCAGAAAGAGGGGGACAAGGCCCAGGGCACGGGGCAGCAGCCCCAGGAGCCCAAAGAGCAGCUGCCCAGCAAGGACUCGCUCAGCGAGACCACGAGCGGCCCCCAGCUCGCCUCUGUGGCCACGGAGGUGGGCUGGAUGAAGGACGAAAUCAAAGCACCUGAGAGCGGCAUCUCCAAGGCCACGGCUCUCCCCCAGGACCUCCUUGAGGAGAUUGGCGCAACGAAGGCGGCACGGUCCCACAUGAAAGAGGAGAUCCAGACGAUGCAGGAGGCGCUUGGCUUGCUCCAGGGGAAACGCCAGGACACUGCCAGCCAGCUGCCAGGCCACCGCAACCAGAAGCGGAAUUACGAUGAAGUGUGGCCGGAAUCAGGCCUGGGUCCUGCAGCAGGACAGGAGAAAAGGCUGAAGGAAAGGCUGAAGCUCAGCCCAAUCCCGGAGGAGGAGGACACUGGGCUCUGGUCUGCCCCUUCCAAGCUCCCCCAGGUGGAUGUGGACAGCCAGCAUGGGGCAAGCUCCACACCAGGACCAAAGGGUGGUCCUGUGCCCAGCACAAGCAAGGCGACUCCAGGGACCCAGCCUGGCUCUGAUGCGACGCAAGCAGGGACACGCAGAGCACCAGGGAUCCCUGAGAAGGUGGCAGGCACUCCUUCAGAUGGAAGGAGGGCUUCUGAUGCCAGUGCCGUGACCCCAGAGAUGCAGCCUGGAUCGUCCAGCGCCCAACUCCCCCUCCCAGGGAUGGAGCCAGCCCUCCCUGGCAUCAAGAUAGCCACCCCAGGGGAGCAGCCAGGGUCCCGUGGCACUCAGAGCUCCAGCCCGAGGAAGCAGCCAGUAUUCCCCAGCACCCAACUCAGCCCUCCAGGGAUGGAGCCAGCCCUCCCUGGCAUCAAGAUAGCCACCCCAGGGGAGCCACCAGAGUUGCCUCGCAGCCAGACCCUCAGCCUGGAAGUGCAGCCAGGAUCCCCUGACAUGUCCCAUUUACAAGUGCCAGCCAUGCCCUGGGAGUCCUCACCCUCCGGCCGUGCCUCUGACUAUGGCGUGGUGACGGUGGAGGCUCUCCACCAUUUUGGGCAGCUGAAAGAGCAGGUGUCCGAUGUGGGAGCCACGAAGUCCGAUUACACAGAGGAUGAGGAUGCGCACCUGCUCUUCCCAGAGGGAGAUGAAGAGAGCGUUGCCCUCUGGGGUCAAGAGUUCUCCCUGCAGAGCCUGGCCAGUGACCUGCAGGAAAUGAAGGAGAAGAUCAGGCAGCUGGAGGAUGCCCUUGGAAAGCUGUGGGUGUCUGGAGCAGACAGGAAAGCAGAGAGCAGCUACCAGAUCGCCCUGCAACUGGGGUCUGUGCUGAAGGAGGUGAAGGAAGAGGUGAUGGAGCUGAAGGGCCUUGGACUGCAGGAAAUGAAGCAGGAAGUCCUGGAGCUGAAGGACCUGGAAUUAGAGAAGAUGAAGCGUGAGCUGAAGGAGCUGGGGGAGCACCAGGACAUAACGGAGGCCACGCUGAAACAGUUGAGGACAGAGGUGGCUGAGAGGACACAGGCACAGCAGGACAAGCUGAAGACUAUUGAGAGCGUGGGGCAGGAGAAGGAAGGGAUUCAGGCUGCGUGCCCUGUCUGCCCCGGGGACACUGGAGCACAGCUGGGGCAGCUUCUGCAGCGCUACGAGAAGCUGCAGGAGUUGGUGGACUCCCUAAUGUCCCAGCAGGCGGUGGGCAAGGCCGUGAGGCAGCUGCAAAAGAAGAGCCAGCAGGAGAAGGAGGUGCUGAAGGGCAUCCAGACCACCAUCGUGCAGGUGCAAGGGAACUAUGAACAGCUCAACACCGUCAUGGAGACCCUCCUGCACGACAGUCAGCAGCAGCAGAAGGAUACUGAUGCUCUGUUCCAGUCCCUGGAGAAGCUGGCAAAGGAGAAGGCAGACAAGAACGACCUGGUGCUGGGACUUGAUGUGAAGGCAGACAAAACCACCCUGGCCGGCAAAGUCAACCGCAGCGAGUUUGACACCAGGAUGGAGCGGCUGACUGAGACAGUCAAGGAGAUGCUGAGCCGGCAGAUGGACCAGGAGAAGGUCCAGCAACAGCUUAGUGAAGAGGUGGCCUCCAAGCUGGAUCACACGGAGCUGGGGGCUUUCCGGAAACAGCUGGAGGGGCACUGGAAGAACAUCCAGAAGCAGCUCCAGAAGGAGUCACGAGCAGAGGCUGAUGACGCAGCUGGGACUAAGAGCCAGCUGACCCAUCACCACUGCUUGUCCUGCGACCGACCCCGUGACAUGCGGGUGCCUGGCCCGCAAAUCGUGACAGUCCCAUCCCUGCCGCCGCUGUCCCCCUGCCUCGCCGAGCCCCCCAGUACCACUCCCAGGCUGGAGCAAGGAGACCAGCAAGGCCACAGGGAGCCACCAGUCGAGGGCAAAUACCCCACCGUGCCUCGGAGCUGUGGGGGCCGGCACACGGUCACCAUCCCACUGCAGCGCCGCCAGGGCCUCCUUCCCCCCCGGCGCCUCCAGCCGCUCAUGCUCCCCAACAAGUGCAACAUGGCGGACCUGUUGGCCAAGGACAGCCGCACCUCCAGGGUCCAGCUGGAUGAGCCUGUGCCCGCCGGCAAAGAGGGGCCAGCAGAGCACCAGCCCAGGCUGCACAAGCCAGCGUCCAGCCAUCACCUCUCCUACACACCGAGGCCCCCACGGGACAGACCCAGCACCCGGGCAGCCAGGCAGGGACAGCUGCUGGUCAAACAGUGAU